GCACGUGAGGACACCUACCAACAGACAAAGAAUAAUAGCAGAAUAAUCUUCUGAGCUCUCCAAGCAGGAGACCAAUUUAAGACACCCCAAAUCAAAACAACAACAACAACAAAGAAAACCCCCACCAAAGAUAGGAACUUCAAAGCACUAAUGUAGAAAGUGGAAUCCAUGUGUACUAUGCUGGUGUAUUAAAUGUCAUGGCAGCUGUCUGGAUGACUCCAUCAUUAUACAACUGCAAGCUGCAUUAAGGAUUUUAUAACUGGAAGACGGUGUGUUUUGGAUCAUAGCUUUGCACAAACUGACUCAACCACAGACACAUGAAGGAGGGGUCAUUUUCUGUCCCCAGAAAAUCCACUCAUAACAGCCUAGGUGUUCUCCUCAAGGCCCCAUAUCGACCCCCCCCCCCUCCUUUCACUGGAAAUGGACACUGCUAGUGUAUUUAUAGCCUCAGUACACAAGCGAGCUGCCUGUCUUUAGGAAAGAACUAUUCAUAUCAGUCCGAGCUGCCGAAUGUUCUAGACCGUUCUUUCUGAGCCGUGCUGUGUUGUGGGGUACAAAGAAUUAACUUUUGGAAUAACUUUGAAUGAGUUGACAGAUGCCAACGUCUUCCUGAGCACAGCCGUUAGUGACGAGAUGGAGAAUCCCGUCUUACAGACGCAACCGUCCACCCUGGCGUUUUUUGACACGGCCCAUGCCUUCAACCUGCUGCGAGGAAUCCAUGAGCUCCGCGCAGAGCGAAAGUUUUUUGACGUGACUUUGUGCGCCGAGGGCCGUGAGUUCCACUGCCACCGCACGGUGUUGGCUGCCGCCAGCACCUACUUCCGUGCCAUGUUCGCCGGUACGCUUCGGGAGAGCAUAAUGGACCGUGUUGUUCUCCAUGAGGUUUCGGCUGAGCUUUUGGGGUUGCUGGUGGACUUCUGCUACACAGGACGGGUCACUGUCACGCAGGACAACGUGGAUCUUCUUCUGAAAACGGCAGAUCUGUUUCAGUUCCCGUCGGUCAAAGAGGCCUGCUGUACUUUUCUGGAACAGCGUCUGGAUGUUUCCAACUGCUUGGAAAUCCAGGACUUUGCAGAGGCCUACGCUUGCCGAGAGCUGGCGGCCAGCGCACGCCGCUUUGUCCUCAAAAACCUAAUGGAUCUCGCUAAAGGGACAGACUUUGAGCGAUUGCCUUGGAAGCGCCUCCUUGAGUUUGUGUCCGAUGAUGAGCUGUGCGUGGACAAAGAGGAGACUGUUUAUCAGAUCGCAGUGCGCUGGGUGAAGGCUGACCUCCAGCGGAGACUGCACUACUGGCCCGAGCUCCUCCAGCAGGUCCGACUCCCUUUCGUAAGGAGGUUCUUUCUUUUGGCCCAUGUUGAGAGCGACCCCCUUGUCUACCUUUCACCCACCUGCCUCCGCAUGGUGAACGAGGCCCGUAGCUUCCAGUCCUGCGAGUAUGACCGUCACGAUAGGCCCUGCCGCCGGAUGCGCCCACGGCCUUCCACUGGACUAGCUGAGAUCUUGGUCGUGGUGGGAGGUUGCGACCAGGACUGUGAUGAGCUGGUCACAGUCGACUGUUUCAACCCGCAGACGGGCCAGUGGCGCUACUUGGCAGAGUUCCCGGAUCAUCUCGGUGGGGGCUACAGCAUAGCUGCCCUCGGGAAUGAUAUGUAUGUCACUGGCGGCUCUGACGGCUCCCGCCUUUACGACGGCGUGUGGCGCUACAAGUCGAGCGUCAACGAAUGGACGGAGGUGUCGCCCAUGCUGAAGGCCCGCGAGUACCACAGCUCGUGCGUGCUGAAAGGUCAGCUGUACGUGGUGGCGUCGGACAGCACCGAGCGCUACGACCACACGCUGGACUGCUGGGAGGCCUUACCGCCUAUGCUGCACGCCAUGGACAACUGCUCCACCACUACGUGCAAUGGCCGGCUGUACGCCAUCGGAUGUCUCGCCGGGGAGGACACCAUGGCCGUCCAGAGCUACGACCCAGCCGGCAAAGAUUGGGCCAUGGUCAACUGUGGACAGCUGCCCCCGUGGUCCUUUACGCCUAAAACGGUGACCCUCAAUGGCCUCAUCUUUUUUGUCAGGGAUGACUCUGCAGACGUUGAUGUGUACAACCCCCUGAAGAACGAGUGGGAUAAGAUUAGUCCUAUGAACCAGGUCCACGUCGGAGGCAGUGUGGCCGCGCUGGGCGGCAAACUGUUUGUAUCCGGGGGUUAUGACAACACGUUCGAGCUGUCGGACGUAGUGGAAGCGUACGACCCGGCCACUCGCACCUGGAGCGUCGCGGGCCGGCUGCCUCAGCCUACCUUCUGGCAUGGCAGCGUCAGCAUAUUCCGUCAGUUCAUGCCUCUGGUGUCUAAUGCCUUUGAGCCCACCAGCGCCCCGGACGCAAAUGCCAUCCAUCUGCACCGGCACCAGCGUCACCAGGCUUUACACAACCUGAACAACAAUGUAAACCAGGACAUGAACGCAGCCCACUGAAGUUUUGAUUUGACUGUCAGUGUACUGUGACUUUACCUCAUCAACAAUGCUGAAACUGACUGAAGGAUUUAAAAGAGAAUCGGAGCCUCUCAGGCCUUGAAAGUGUUGUCACCCAUGUACAUGCAUGAGGGAAAAACACCUAGGACUAAUGGCAUUUGUGAUUACAUUGUAAAAAUAAUUGGAGAUCGCAGGAUAUGCCGCUUAAGAAUAGAGCUUUGGGCAGCAUCAACUUCCCAUGGAGCCCAUGAGCCUGAUUGAGUAAGAUUCCGAAUAGCAGGUGCUCCAUUGCAUGUUUGCACUUCCGAUUGCGCAGGCAUGAUCUUAGAUUACGGUGCAACUGGCAAAAAGUUGUAUUGCUGCGAUUGCCCUCGCAAUGAGGGUUUUGUUCUUCAGGUAGUGCUAGUGGUUUUAGCCAUGGGAAAUUUGGGAUAGCACUGCAACCACCUGAUGGAGUUGCAAGUGAUGGAACUGGAAGUGUCAAGCUAACAUGACCAAGUUACAAAAAGGUUACUCACUCGUAAUGCUUGGGAAGUCAGGAAACCGCAAAAAAAAAAAAAAUCUGGUUUUGUUUGAUUUAAGAUAUUAUAGUGUUGUGGGAAUUUGUCACAUGUCCAUCCCAUGUGACCAUGUAAAAAUUGAGACAACCCAUGUAAAACCAGGACCAUUUGUCAUCGUGCGCGGAAAUGACCCGGACACAACAAUGCACACUUGAAAGGAGCUUUUGCCAGGACUGGAGAACACAUUUUUUUCUCGAGUUAGGUCUGACAGCUGCUUCGAACUAAUUUUUGGGUGCAGAAUCCAAAACUGAUGUCAGUUUUUCUCUACCAAGUCAAGUUUUUGAACUAUAGAACCCUGUUUUCUUAAAACAAAUGAACAAUACUGUAUCUAAAAUGUGCAUAUUUUAUAACACUUUAAAUAUUGACAUACAGUGAAAUAUAAAUGAAACAGGCAUGACUGCAACGGUUAUUUAACACUUGAUUGAUGAUUUACAAAGGAUGUGGCACAAAUCUUAAUUCCGACUAUGCCAGCUUUCAAUUUCCAGGUAAUGAUCGCACUGACCGAUUGGGAGCUGCAUACACCUUUCACCGAACUGUCUCAAACAACUCGCCACUUACUACAGCUAACAAGUGGAAUUUUGUUUAUCUGGAGGUUACCCUGUGGAGAAAACUUGACAUGCUAGAAAAAAACAAUGGCUGCAAGUUUGGAAUCAGCAUACCAAGUUUAGUUUCACGCAGCGUAAAAAUCCAACUCAGAAUUUUGCCUGCGUGGGUUUUCUACGGGCAUUUCCGUUUCCUCCUACAUUCCAAAAUCACGCAGAGAAGGUUAAUUGAAAAAUCUGAAUUGGCUGUGAGUGUGAAUGUUUGGUUGGUAGCAUGUGCCCUGUGAUUACCUAGAAACCAGUUCAGGGUGUACCCUGUCUCCUGCCUGAAGAUAGCUGGGAUAAGCUCCAGUGCUUCUGUGACACUUGUGAGGAUAACCAGCUCAUAAAAUGGAUCUUCCCAAGUGUAAAUGAUACGACAUGACUCCUUGUGACUGGUGCCAAGUUAGCCCCCCAAACCUGCUCAGUAGAUGUCUCAAUUUUUGUUUCAUCUGUCAGCCCCCCCAAGUCCCGAGAUGCUUGAGUAUAUGAGGACAGUGCUGCCCAUGUUUGCCUCAUAAAUUGAGAUGUUCUGGGUUUGAAUCCAUUUGCUCACUAUCUCCUUUGUGUUACGCUUUGCUCCCACAUUCCAAAAACAUGUUUAAUUAAUUAAAGACUAAAUAGCCCAUAGGUGUAAAAAAAAAAAAAAAAAAUCUUAAUUAAUUUUAAGUAUUUAACCAAUUGUCAGCGACAACUUAUUGUGCCCAGUUAAUUAUCUAAUCGCUUGGCCAACAUGGUCACAUGACAACUGUAAAAUAUCUUUGGCCAGCGACCAGUCCAGGAUUAAUGCUGUAUGGAUUAUGAAUUCACAAAUUCAAAUUCACUUGGAUAAUUCCUGAAAUGGUACAAAGUUACCUGGGAUCAUGCAACACGCCCAUUUAUAUCCUGCUAUCAUCUAAAUUAACCUGCUGUUCACCAUGGUUGAAAAUGAUGCAAGAUGUAAGUGCGUCACUCAAAAUGAUGAAAACACACAUUUCACUUGUGCACGUUAAGUCCUUAAGUCCCAACAGCUUGCCUGAGGGCAAAACCUUUCUACCACUCAUACUAAAAUAACUUCAUAAUGACUUAGACGUUUCUUUGUACUUUUAUUGGGUUGUUACAAGGAAAAGAAACUGGACCACUGUGAAGAGUUAAAUUAAAGUAUGUAAAUUCAUCAUGAAUAUAGUUCUGGUGAGGUGCAUAUGCUAUGUGCUUCUAUAUUUGUAAGCCAUGCUACGUUUACUCAAGAUGACAAUUGAUUAAUACAGAGAAUGCAUGCAUCCCUCCUGCAAAGGUAUUAUGAGACAAGAGUUCAGAUUUCCAGGUUUUAUUUCAUGGUAUUAACAUCUAGAUUCUGUAUUAAACAACUUAGGACAGAGCACCUUUUGUUUGAAGCCACCCACUUUCAAGUGACCAAAAGUAUUGGAACAGAGUGAAUAAUAGUUAAUAUUAGGCGGCAUAAUCCUUAAUUGCAAUAACCACAUCAAGUCCGGGACCCAUUGACUUCACCAGACUGUUGCAUAUUUGAAAUGCUUUGGCAAGGCUUUACUGCAGCCUCUUUCAGUUCUUGUUUCUGAGGAUUUCUCCCUUAAGUCUCCUCUUCUGGGGGUAAAAUGCAUGCUCUAUUGGGUUAAGGUCUGGAUUAGACUUGGCCAGUCUAAGAAUAGCACUGAUCCGUUUUCCCUCUCAGCUUCAAAAUGGUUUGCUUUUCUUCCGUAGACUGCUCAAUCUUUAUUUUUGCUUAACUACAAAGGCAGUUUGCACAAGUGAAAUCCAAAGCCAAAAACAAGCAUCAAUGACUUUAAGCAAUAAAUCCAAAAGGAAAGACCCGAGUAACUAGAAACACCCAUUAGUCACGUUCCAAUACUUUUGCUCACUUUAAAAGUGGGUGGGCUCAAACUAAAAGUUCAAGACUUCUAGAUGUAAAUACCAUUAAAUUAAAAACUGGAAUAUUGAACACUUGUCUCAUAUAUUUUCAUCUGAAACUCAAAUGUUUUCAGUAUACAAAAGAACAACAAAGAAAUUGAACUUGCUGUUCCAAUACUUUUGGAAGGAACUGUAUAAACUAGUCAUACGUGGAGUUCAUCACAGUAGAUGAGUGACGCUAAUUUACACAAUUCAUGUGAUUCACUUCCCAUAAUGUGCAUGGAGCAUCCCCAGCUUUAAAAAUGUAUUGAUGUCCAACUUAAUAUGUUGUUGUCUGCAUUAGGAAUUGGCAUAAUCAGAUUCCUACUGCGUGCUGUUGCUGCUUGAUUGCGUCUUGAAGCAAACAAGGCAAAAUGGAGUACAGUACUUGAUUGCUACCAUUAGCGGUAAUGUUAAUUUUGUCUCAAUUAGUUAAUUAAUCUAACAUCCGCUAUAGAAAGUGAAGCUUCCAUUAGCAAACAGUGCUUUUUUUGGCGGUCCCAACUGGAAGUGGAACUGGGUUUUGACCAACCUGGCACAGCUUUUCUUAUGUUUCUGUCCCUUUGCCUUCAGUGACUUCUAUGUAAAUACGUCACUCCAUAUAAUGUGUACAGUUUGCUUAGCUGGAAUUGAAAUAGUGAGUUUUAAGCUCAUCGUCAGUUUGUGGUGUUAUACAGUUUGUUUGUUUUUUAACAAAUAAACAGAUGCAUUUGGUUUUAAUAUAUGAAAGCAAGUGCAGUGAUGCAUUCAUCUUGGGUGUAUCAAUCACAAUGUUUAAAGUGGAAACUCAGACCACAGUCUGGAUAGUGUUUUCAUUCGAAGUACAAAUGGGUUUCAGUGUAAUGACUUUAAAAACAAAGGAAGCUCAGUGAUAAUAUUUAAAAAAAAAAAGAGUGGCUGGGAUUUUUGGAGAUUUAUUAAGGAAAAACUGAAAUAUCACAACCGUAAGUAUUGAGACCCUUUGCUGUGACACUCAGGUAUUUGACUUGGGUGCUGUAUCUUCUGAUCAUUCUUGAGAUGGUUCAACACCUUCGUUGGAGUCCAGCUAUGUUUGAUUGUACUGAUUGAACCUCAUCAGAAUGAGCUUUAUUGGAAAGCUACACACUGGUCUGUAUAAAACCUUGCGUCAGAGCAAAUGAGAAUCAUGAGGACAGAGAAACUGCCUGAAGAGCUCAGAGACAGAAUUGUGGCAAGACACAGAUCUGAUCACGCUGACUGCUGCGCUUAUGAUUCCAAAGAGCACAAUGUCGUUCAUGAGCCUUAGAUGCAAGACGUUUGGGAAGAGAACCCUUCCUAGAGCUGGCCGUCGGGCCAAACAGAUCCACUGGGGGAGAAGCGGCGUACUAAGAGAGGUAAAAAGAACCCAAAGAUCAACGUGGCAGAGCUCCAGAGAUGCAGUCGAGAUCUGGGACAAAGUUCUAGAAAGUUAACCAUAACUGCAGCUCUCCACCAGUCAGGACUCGAUGGCAGAGUAAGACACAUGAAAGUCUGCAUGGAGUUGGCCUAAAUACACCUGAAGUACUUCAAUAUGGUGAGAAAUGUGAUUCUCUGAUCUAAUGACACCGAGACAGAACUUUUUGGCCUUAAUUCUAAGCAUUAUGUGUGGAGAAAACCAGGUCCUACUCAUCACCUGUCCAAUAGGGUCCCGAUAGUGAAGCAUGGUGGUAGCAUCAUCUUGCUGAGGGAGUUUCAUCUGCAGGGACAGGACUGGAUGCAAUUGAAUGAAAGAUGAAUGCAGCCAAGUACAAAGACAUCCUGGAUGAAAGCCUUCUACAGUGUUCAGGAACUCAGACUGGGCCGAAGCUUCAUCUUCUCACAAGGUAACAACCCUAAGUACACAGCUAAAAUAAUGGAGUGGCAUCAGAACAACUCUGUGACUGUUCUUGAAUGGCCAAGCCAGAGCCCUGACUUAAACCCAAUUGAGUAUUUUUGGAGGGACCUGAAAAAGGCUGUUAACCAACUUUCACGAUCCAACCUAACAACUUAAGAGGAUCCCCCAAAUUCAUGUGUGAAAAUCUUGGGAAAUCAUUCCCGAAAAGACCCAUAGCUAUCUUGGUAAAAAUUUUCAGAACUUUUAAUUUUUACUAUCAUAGUUUCGCAGAUGACACAAUUAUAUUUAGCAGUGUCUCCAGAUGGCUACAGUUCAAUCGAGGUGUUGUCACUGCCUAAAGCAGAUAAAUAACUGGAAGGGCCAAAGUUUUCUUCAACUAAACCUCAACAAAAUUGAACUGAGUUCGCAAUAAAGAAAAGAGGAUUGCUGUUAGUAAAUACCCGGACUCACUAUCUUUAAAAACCAAAGACCAAGUCGGAAACCUUGAUGUUUUGAUACAUUCCAAUCUGACUUAACAGUCAUGUCAAACCACUUUUACCAUCUGAAGAACGUAUCCGGAAUGAAGGCUUGCAUGUGUCAAACAGACCAGGAAAAUCUCAUCAAUGUUGUUAUUUCGGGCAGACUUGACUAUUGUAAUGGUCUUCUGACUGGAUUCCCGAAAAACAGCAUUCAAAAGCUGCAGCUCAUUCAGAAUGCUGAAGCUGAAGAGGUAAGAGCAUAUAACUACAAUUCUAAAGUACAUACACUGGCUUGUAGUCAGCUGUAGAAUAGAUUUUUUUUUAAUUCUCCAUUUUCUAUGAUUUAUUUCUAUGCAUUUAAAUGCUUUCAGUCCUGUAAAGCAUUGAGUUACCUUGUGUAUGAAAUGCACGACAAAUUUGUUUGCCUCAGGCCAAAAGGGUGCUUCGACUUAAUAUACUGAGCAAGGGGUCUGUAUAACUAUGGUUGUGUGUGAGAUUUCAGUUUUUCCUUUUUUAAUCUGCAAAAAAAAAAAUCUAACUCCCAUUUUUCUGUCAAUAUGGGGUUCUGCGUUUAUAUUGGGGGGGGGAUGAAAUGUCAUGAUUUUAACAUAUCGCUGCGGUAUGCAAGUACAUGGUGGCAGUUCUUGCAAGGUCAGUGGGGACAAUGGGAACAAACUCUUAAAAACCAAUGAAAUGGACGGACGUAAUGAAGACGGCAUCGCUCCUGAGGUCCUGUAAAUAUUUUGAAAAAUGAAUUUAAGUUUCUGAAGAACAAGAUGUGCACACUUAUCUAUUUUGUACGAUUUUUAACAGGGAUUUUAGGGCCUCAAAUGUCGAAAGGACGACGUCAGUCAGAAUCCGCCAAGAAGCUGCACUGGGUGGACGUACUCGAACAUACCCAGGCUAUGGCAGUGUUUGUGAUCAGAAAUACCACCACAGCAGAUCAUGUCAUCAAUACGGAGAUUAAAAUGUCAAUACUGUGUGGCAAAAACAAUGUUGCUUUCACCUUCUGUGACGACUUCAACAAGUAUGUAGCUGAGAUGUUCCUUGGCUGUGCUAUCGCACGGAAAUAAAGAAAAACAGAAAAACCAAGGCAACAUAAAUCAUCCAAGGUAAGUUGAGUCAAAUUGAGUAUAUUAUGCAUGCAUGGUAGGUUAAUUUAUGACUCUAAAUUGCCUUUACGUAUGAUUGUGAGUGCGACUGUUAUUUGUUUCUCUCUAUGUGCCCUGUGAUUGUCUGGCAACCAUUUCAGGAUGUGCCCUGCCUCCUGCCCGAAGAUACAAUGAAGAGAAUAAGUAUUUGAACACGCUGCUAUAUUGCAAAUUCUCCCACUUAGAAAUCAUGGAGGAGUUUGACAUUUUCAUUGUAGGUGGAUGUCCACUGUGAGAGAGAUAAUCUAAAAAGAAAAAUCCAGAAAUCACAAAGUAUAAUUUUUUAACAAUUUAUUUGUGUGAUACAGCUGCAAAUAAGUAUUUGAACACCUGUCUAUCAGCUAGAAUUCUGACCCUCAAAGACCUGUUAGUCCGCCUUUAAAAGUCCACCUCCACUCAGAUGCACCUGUGUGAGGUCGUUGGCUGCAUAAAGACACCUGUCCACCCCACUUAUAACAUGGCCAAGACCAAAGCUGUCCAUAGACACCAAAGACAAAAUUGUACAACUCCACACAGCUGGAAAGGGCUACGGAGAAAUAUCCAAGCAGCUUGGUGAAAAAGGGUCCACUGUUGGAGCAAUCAUUAGAAAAUGGAAGAAGCUAAACAUGAUGCUCAAUCUUGGUCGGGAUGGAGCUCCCUCCAUGCAAGAUAUCACCUCGUGGGGUCUCAAUGAUGCUUAGAAAGGUGAGGAAUCAGCCCAGUACUACACGGCAGGACUUGGUCAAUGACCUGAAAUGAGCUGGAACCACCGUUAAACCAGCACAUUUCAAGGCCCAUCUUAAGUUUGCCAAUGACCAUUUGGAUGAUACAGAGGAGUCAUGGGAGAAAGUUUUGUGGUCAGAUGAGACCAAAAUGGAACUUUUUGCUCAUAAUUCAACUAACCGUGUUUGGAGGAAGACGAAUGAUGAGUUCCAUCCAGAGAACACCAUCUCUACUGUGAAGCAUGGGGGUGGUAGCGUCAUGCUUUGGGUGUGUUUUUCUGCCCAUGGGACAGGACGACUGCACUGUAUUCAGGAGAGGAUGACAGCAGCCCUGGAUUGUGAGAUUUUGGGGAACGACCACUUUCCCUCAGUCAGAGCAUUGAGGAUGGGUCACAGCUGGGUCUUUCAACCUGACAAUGACCUGAAGCAAACAGCCGGGAAAACCAAGGAGUGGCUCCGUAAGAAGCACAUCAAUCUUCUGGCAUGGCCUCGCCAGUCUCCAGACCAAAACCCAAUAGAUAAUCUUUGGAGGGAGCUGAAACAGAAAAAAUCCCUCCUGCAGUGUGUGCAAACCUGGUGAAUGACUACAGGAAAGGUUUGACUUCUGGAAUUGUACCAAAUAUUAACAUUGGUUUUCUCAGGUGUUCAAAUACUCAUUUGCAGCUGUAUCACACAGAUAAAUUGUUAAAAAAAUCCUAUAUUGUGAUUUCUGUAUUUUUCUUUUUAGAUUAUCUCUCACCGUGGACAUGCACCUACGAUGAAAAUUUCAGACCCC